AUGAGUUCGAAUGAAUUAGUUGAUCGAAAAUAUUAUAGUUUAUAUGUUGGAAAUUUAUCUGCUGAUAUACGUCGAAAAGAACUAUGUCAAUACCUUGAACAAUUCGGCCAAGUUGAUCAAUGUCAACUAUUCGAAGCAAAUUAUCGACGUUGGAGUUGUUUUGCUUUUGUAUUGAUGAAUACACCAGAUUCAAUAAAUAAAUUAAUGUCCACUCGACCACAUUUUCUUGAUAAUAGGCGAUUAUAUUUAAAACGAGAAUUACCUGAACAAUGUUCAAAUAAAAUCGAACAUUUCUUAACCACCGAAAGCGUUUUAAUACAAUUUAAAAAUUCACAAAAUCAAGAAAUCAAUGAACCAGAUUUUAAUGAAGAAAAUAUUCGAACUUAUUUUCAAACAUAUGGAAAUAUUCGUAAUCUCUGUUUAUUAAAAAGUAUUCGAUGUCUUAUUGAAUAUGAUGAUUAUGAUGCCGUCGAUUGUAUUCUUCUUGAUUCGCCACAUUAUUUUAAUUCUCAUGAACUUCAAAUAGAUAAAUAUUAUUCAACUGAACAGUUAAAACAUCUUGAACGAAUGUUUACGCAUAAUCAAGAAUUACCUGAAUCUGGUGCUGGUGAAGAUGAAGAACAAGUUGAACAAUUUUUACAUUCACCUCGUUAUCUUAAUAUGCGUAUUCGUUUAUUAACUGAUUCAAUAUUUUCAAUAAAUAUUUCAAAUGAAAUUAAAUUAGAAACAAUUCAUAAAGGUUUUUUAACAACAAUUAAUCGACGUAAAGAAUUACUUGAACAAAUUGAACAAUUAACAAAACAAUGUCAAAUAUUACAAGAAAAAAAUCGAACAAUAAAAGAAAAUAAUUUGAAUAGAUUUCAAUUAAAUAAAAAUCUUGAAGAAAAUUAUCAACAACAAAUUCAUGAUGAACAAAACAAACAAAAUGAAUGGAAAAAUAAAAUUGAAUUAUUUCAUAAACAAUCUUAA